AGAGAUGAAUUUACUGCUCAUCGCCGGGGUUCUUGGUAUCCUGGCCAGCACCGGCCCCCCAACGACGUGUUCUCCCCUCUUUCGAGGCAACAUAUUGAGUGGUCGCGCUGAGAAGCCACUGUUGGCGCUGUCGCUCGAAUCGAGCGAAACGCUGCCGGAUGUAGCUCCGGUUUCAUCGGAAAAGCUGGCCCACGAUGAUGGGAACGGUUUCCAGCGCCCCGGUUACCGUCAUAAACGUCCACCGACCACUACGACGACCAACUCGCAACGAUUCUACGGCGUAGUGCUGAGUGUGCUGCAAUUGCUCGAAAGCCAGGCCCGCCAAGAAGUGCAGCGAGCGCGAGUCCAACACGCCCUGGCCUACUCGCUAGACGACGCGGCCGAUGACGACGACGAUACCGAAGAGGUGGCCUGAUGGAUCAAUUUGCUGGCGGAAGGAAAACAUAAUCAACUUCAACUCCGCUUCGGCAGCGCUUGAAACUGGAGCACUCGGUGACCGCCGCUGUCAUUGACAUUGAAUUCCAAUUGAAGUCCAUUAUGGGGAGGUCUUUUUUUUCCUUAUUGUUGUGGUCAACAGGGCACAACUGUCGGGUGGGCACAAUGGAUGCAAAUUAGAUCCGUGAAGGGGUUGAACAUUGAUCGAUAAAUUGACUGAUCUUUUUUGACAUCAAAAAUUAUACUCUAACAGAC